UACAUUUUCGGACAUAAGUCGAUAGCAUCUACUGAUCGCAGCGGUAAUUUAUUUUGCGCACUUUUUUUUACGCCAUAAAGCGAUGCACGAGGAAAUUGUUAUAAAAAAGGAAGAACUUGAUAUUGAUGAUACAAAAAUAAAGUUGGAGUUGGAUGAGGACGCGCAGGAAUUGGAUAUGACGUGCGCGGGCAGCUUUAUGAAAAUCAUCGAAGAGCGUCCAAAUAUGAUAACGGUGCCGGUGCAUGACUGCAAAUCCGAGGAUGAGCUUAAAUUCAUAGAGAGCCUCAGCACGUUCGAUCAGCAAGAAAAGUUUUUUGUGACGUCAUCUUGUGAAAAAAUUGCCCCGGCCGACACUCUCGGUGCAUUUGUAUGCAAAAUUUGCAGUUUUACGUGUGAAAAUCAUCUGGCGUUGGCCUCGCACCAGAUUAACCACCAGCUAAAUCGGCAUUUCUGCUGCCAUGGAUGCGGCUUCUGGUGCAACACGCUUGAGGAGAUUCUAGAGCAUGAAUUUCGCAAGCAUGCGGGCGGUGUAAAUGGAUCAAGCUGUAGGAUUUGUGAGUUGAAUUGUAGCGAUGCCGCCAGUCUGGCCAAGCACAUGAGCAGCCACUUUUAUGUUCGCCGUUUUGUCUGCGCGGUAUGUCGCCGGCACUUUGAGACGCGCCAGGGAUUGCAGCUGCAUCGGCAGCACAGCAAGGAGCUGUGCGGCCAGGUCGAAUAUGCUGAUAUACAUGGCAAUGUAGGCCAAUUGGUGGCAGUCAGCAAGCUUGACGCCAAAUUGCCUGAGGAACUGGCAUGUGAUGUGGAAAUUAAAACGGAGCCGCUGGAAGCCGAAGAGCAACAGCCGGAACCGGAGUAUGAGCAGGAAAUGGCGGAUAUUGUUAUCAAAACAGAGCCGGAGUCCGAAGCAGAUGAGCUGAGCUCUGGCCAGGAUGCCAACUGGAUAAACAACAGCCUUGCAGGAAAACUGCGCGGCAAAUUGCGUUUGCCGGCGAUACAGAAACCCAUAAAAGUUGAAACUGAAAGGAGCGUUGAAACACCAACGCCUGUGCCCCCAACCAUACAGUUUGUGCCCGCAGGCAAAUGGAAGCCUGUACCAAUACCUAACACUAAUGCAUCGGUAAAGCUGCCAAACAUUUUGAAGCCCAAAAUAGGCAGUAAUCAGCAGAAAAAUAUGUUGAAAAAGAACGUCUUGCAAUCGUUCAAAAACAAGCCAAAUAUUGCAGCCAACGUCUUAAAGGUUCUGCCCAGCAAUUGCAUGCUAAUCAAAUUGCCGCCAAACACCAAGAUCGUUAAAAUAGCGCCCAGCCCGACGAGCGUCAAUUCGAAUAGCUGCACCAUUGGCAGCAAGAUUAUUACACUCCCAAGUGCCAUGUCCAUAAGCUCAGUUUCCGUUGGUUCCAAAAACUACUCGGCCGCCACAGUUCCUAGCCCAACUGCAUCCAGUACGUCACAAGCAGAAGGCACACAAAAGGCAGUCAUAAAUCGCAAUGCUUACUUUAAUGCCUUGAGUUUAUUCGAGAGUUUGCCUGAAUCUCGCAAGAUCAUCACAGAAUUCCAAAAUCAAAUACGCAGCAUAGAGCAGACAUUGCCACUGCCCGGCAGCGUAUUGCAAACGCCCAAGAGAAACAACAAUUUAGUGUUGCCAUCGCAGCUGGAGGUGCUCCGGCUGGCUCCCACAAAAUCGAGUAAUGUGAAAGUGCGUCAAUUGCGCUAUACCUAUCCCAAUCAUCGUUUUCACUGGGAAUGUCCUAAAUGUGCGCGCUGCUACGAACAGUAUUUACCAUUCUGUAACCACAUGACCCAAGUGCACGGCAUUGCGGAAGCAGAGUUCGAGCAUAUAAAAGUGGAGGUCAAGACUUACAAGAAAUUGAAUUUAUCCAAAAUGGCUCCAGCCACAAGUCCAAUGGAGAUGACCCCAGCUGCGCCUACUACAGCUGCGGAAGCUCCUGUGAUUCCCGGUGCUGCAGAGCCAACCGCGGCUUCUACUGAGCGAGCUCCAGAAGGUACUACAGCAGCAGCACCCGAAUCUGUAGUUGAAGCAGCAGAAGUAGCUUCUCUAGAAGCCGUUCCUCCAGUAAUCGCUCCAGUAUCAGUAGUAGCUUCUGCAAAGCCAACUCCUGUAGCACCUGUAGCGCCUGCAGCUCUUUCAUUAACGCCACCCGCCUCAGCUCCUGCUAAGUCAACACGACCAGCUCCAAUAGUUCGUCCUGCUCAAUAUCAGUGCGAGGAUUGCUCCAAGUGCUUUACCACUGUGGGUGCCUUGCGUAUCCACAAAAUGAUACACACUGGCGAGCUGCCGCAUAAAUGUAACUACUGUGACAAACGCUUUCGCACACCCGGCCAGGUGCGCGUCCAUCAGCGCCGGCACACAGGUGAAAAACCAUUCAAAUGCAAGGUUUGCUCGCUAGAUUUCACACAUCGCGAGACGCUCAUCUCCCAUCUGUCGCGUCACAUUGGCAUGAAACGUUACAAGUGCUAUGGUUGUGAUAAGAACUUCGUGGUGGUCAGUGGAUUGCGCGCACAUCGCCGUCUACGACCGGAUACGUGCGGCAAGGUCAAGUUUACGGCACGUGCACAUGGUCCCCGAGUUAGAGUGAUACGAGGCGAAGUCGUUUUCGAAUCGCAUCCCGAGCAUAAUGGUUACUUACGCAGUGAGGAUCCCUUGAACAUUAUGUCUGAGAUCAAUCAGGCCUCCAAAGAAUCAUCUGUUGCUUCCGAGUCUAGCUAACGAGCUACGCAUUCUUUACUUACAUUGGUUUACUUUUAUUUUACCUAUUUGUUAUGAACGUUGUAAUUAUUGGAUGGGUAAGUCCCAACAUAUUUUUCAUGUACCCUAGAUGAGGGUAUUAAAAUUUUAUCACAUUUUAUAAUGUGAAGCAAACUCUUUCAAAAGAAUGUAUUCAUAUUCUUGGCCAUGUCCGUCCGCUUGUAUAUAUUUCUAUCUGUCUGCUUCUAAGUAAAUGUCUCAGCUUUAUUACUAUGAAACUUGCUGCAGAUAUGGCAGAUAUGUCUGAGUAGCUUAGAUCAACCAUCUAAACCUUCUACAUAUCAUAGUUAGCAUUUUAAGUUCUUGUAUGAACAAACUUAUCAAAAUCGUGUUACUAUGGCAUAUGGAUGCCUUAUGACCGUCGUAGUUGUAGGAUAAAGUUCUUGUAUGAAACAUAUAAACCUCGGGAUUCUAUAUGAUGGACAUCCCGUAGGAAUAAUUGAUUGAAAACUGUUUUUUUUUGUAUGCAGCACUCUGUUGUUUAACAAGAUAUCCGGAACAGUACAACAAUGACGGCUUUUUGCCUUUAACAUGAAGGCCGUCGGUUGUAAACUGAGUUUUUGUAUUAAAAACAUUUUUGUUUUUUAUAUGAGUGUAAGAAACUACGCGAUUUAUAAAUAAUCGUUGGAAAACAACAUAAUUCAUCUUUUUUUAUCCAAUGAAAAUAUGACACGAGUUGGGGUAUUCUUUUCCAUAAUAUGUAUUUUAUUUCGUCUUUUAAUAUUCAUGUUCAUUGGUUUAUCGGUAUAUAUAUAUUUAUAUAUAUAUAUCUGAUACAUUUAGUCGUAUGAUAAUGUUUAACGUAAUAUGUUUCUUACUUAAACAAUUAUGUGUAUGAAAUACAAUCGCUCGUCUCUAGCUUGAUUAAUUUUUAGGGCCUUCUGUAUGUAUCAUUAAAAUUGUUUUUAAAUCUGACUAAAUGGUAAAAUAUAUGUAUGUAUGUAUAUAUAUAUAUAUAUAUAUAUAUAUUAAACAAUUUCAUAUAGUAUUAACAAAAUUUGACAAGCUGACCAAUUUUUUGUUGUAAUAUACAAUAUAGAUUUGUAAUUUAUUUAUAUAGAAGGAUGCUAAAUAUGCUUGCAACGCUGUGGUGAUUACCAUUAUCUAUUAGACAUUUAUUGUUGCUAAUCGUAUUUGUAAACGCUAUAAUCUUUAUUUAUUCAAUUUUUCAUUACUAUAUAUACUUUCCAAAUAUGCCCCAAUACCUUGUUGGAUAAUGGCAUUGAGCCAACUUGUCAAUUUACUAGGUCCUAACUCCAAUUCUUUUAUUUCCUUCUUUAGUGGGCAACGCGCUAAACUUGUUAUAACAGAUACAUAUGUGUGUGUGGGUGUGUAUAUAUGAGUGUCUGUGUGUGUGUGUGUGUGUAUGUGUUUUAUAUCUAUAAUGCAUUAUGCACAAUGCGUUAAUAUCUGUAGUGUACAUACGUAUUACAAUUGUUGUUUAACAUGUGUUCGGCUAAUAAUUAUUAUUUAAUUUAAUAUUAUUUGCUUUUAUGCAUUUGCUUGCUAACAUCGUUUAUAAAUACUAUCGGCCCAUUGAACUGCAUAUCAAAUAUGUAUGUACAUUAUAAUAAUUCUAAGUUCAUAAUGUCAUAUUGUAGUGUAGCUUUAUAGGUAUAAAUGGGUGCGUUUUAUAAUUGUAUAGACGUAUCAUAUAAGUAUUCUACAAUACAUAUCUACAGUUAUCUUAUUACUCUUCUGUUUAUCUGCUGGGUUUAUUAUCUAUGCUGUCUUUUUCAUACACUUUAGGUACCAUAAUUUUCUAGUUGUAGGAUCCUAUUUACUCGUAUAGCUGUAGGGCUUUGUGGUAUAUACAGGAAUGUAAUUAUAAAACAAAUUAAAAAUGGUUAACUUAGAAUUAUACUUGGGCAGGAAUGAGAAAGCUGGUAGAAUAAAAUUACUUAUAUAAAGUACAAAGACCUAGAGUUUUACAAAUCUGGACAGCUCUUGUAAGCAUAUUUUGGGAAUGUAAUAAAAUAGAAAACAUGCCUGAUAACGGAACUUAAUCUAUUAACUAAUUAAAACUAGCUGCCUUAUAAGAUAUGCACUACGCAAGACUUUUGACUAAUUGCACGGUUUACAUUUGCUUUUGCGUUAUAUAUAUAUAUUUGUUUUUAUAUAUAUAGAACCUAAGCGGACUUUUUAAGUAUGUCAAGUAUAAAAACAUAUUAAACAUAUUUGAUUGAUUGUUGUACACACACAAAUACAUGCACAUAAAGUCUAGAAUGUUAUGAUUAAUGGGGAUUUGAACUCCAUGCUUCUACCAUUUGCUCUCGUUAAAGUUUAAAUGACAACUAGUUGACUUUAGCUUAUGCUUUUCUCGAGAUUCGUUUAGGCGGUAAGUUUUAAAAGCUACCAAGUCCUUAGUUCAAAUAUGUAUAGGUUUACCAGUGGGUGGUCGCUUUUUGAGAGGCGCCGCCGCACCACAACAAGUUGAUUGACUACUUUGAUUA